CCCGUAUGGGUAUCCGUAUAUAAUCUGGAAAUUUCUGCAACGCCAACGGCGUGCGUCCUACUCUAGCUGUACUGUAUCGAUUCUUUAUAAGUGACGUAGUGAGCUGUAUAAUCAUGAGUGCCGCUCGCAUGAUUCAGCAGGUGGAGCUGCUGAAGGAAUUCGUAGAACUCUGUAGAAGAGACCCAGACAUCGUACAUCAGAAGGAACUCAAAUUUUUUAAAGAUUGGAUUGAAAGUUUGGGAGGAACAUUUCCCCCUCCCACUGAGCCAGAAGAAACACAAAAGCAACCUGAACCUGAAAAAGAACCAGAGGUUAAACCAGAACCAAAGCAAGAACCAGAGCCUGAACCCGAACCAGAGAGUGAAGAAAGUGAUUUAGAACUGGAUAAUACUGGUGUGAUAGAGGACAAUGACACGGAACUACCAGAGGAUGGGGACGAUUCUGCGGAGGUUACUGAAGAGAUGAUGGACUCGGCCAAUGAAAAACGAUCGGAAGCCAUGGCUGCAUUUUCUGAUGGCAAUUUUGAUGAAGCACUAAAGUUGUUCACUGAGGCAAUUAAGAUUAAUCCACAGUCUGCUUUGCUUUACGCAAAAAGAGCAAGUAUAUUUAUCAAACGGAAGAAACCAAACAAAGCAAUACACGAUUGUACAAAGGCUAUUCAGCUUAACCCAGACUCAGCCCAGCCUUACAAAUGGAGAGGAAGAGCAUAUCAACUGUUGGGCAAGUGGGAGGAGGCUUACCAUGAUCUGACGAUGGCCUGCAAACUGGACUUUGAUGAUAUGUCCAAUGAAUGGCUGCACGAAGUCACACCUAACGCAAAGAAAAUCAUGGAGCACAACAGAAAAUAUGAAAGGAAAAGGGAAGAAAAAGAAAUUAAAGCUAGAAAGGAGAGGUUGAGAAAAGCAAAGGAGGAAUACGAAAGAGCAAAGUCAUCGAGUACUAGUAGUGGUCCAGGAUUUGGAGGAGCAGGAGGAUUUGGAGCAGGGGGUUUUCCAGGGGGAUUUCCUGGAGGAAUGCCGGGAGGCAUGGGAGGAAUGCCUGGAGGUAUGGGAGGAAUGCCUGGAGGCAUGGGAGGAAUGCCUGGAGGCAUGGGAGGAAUGCCAGGAGGUAUGCCUGGAGGCAUGGGAGGAAUGCCUGGAGGCAUGGGAGGAAUGCCCGGAGGCAUGGGAGGAAUGCCCGGAGGCAUGGGAGGAAUGCCAGAUUUGGGUAACAUUCUCAAUGAUCCGGACAUUGUACAGGCAUUCUCUGAUCCAGAGGUAGCUGCAGCUUUCCAGGAUAUCAGCCAGAAUCCUCAGAACAUGAUGAAGUAUCAGAAUAACCCUAAAGUCCAAGCUCUCAUCAAUAAAAUGGCUACCAAAUUUGGAGGCAAAACACCUGGUGGAACUGACGAGCCUCCGGUAAUUAGAUAGUUUCUUCUCAGUUAAUUUUCCCUUAAGAUGAGUAGUAAGGUGUGGUAGGAAUAUGUGUCAUUUAAUAAAGAUGACAAAUUGCCUCAAAUACAUGUAAACUGUAAAAGUUCCAUAUAAGUAACAUUUAUCUAUAAUAACAGUUGCAUGUAAAAUUUGACCUAUAACCUCUCAUUAUGUGCACAGUGGGAUCUUGGUAAUCCAGAUGCCAUUAAUAGGAACAUGUCAUCUUCCGGAUGAUUUGGGGGGGGGGGGGGGGGGGGUGAGGCAAAUACCUUAUUUUACGUUAUAUUAUGAACCAGGAAUUUUGUGUUGCAGAUCUGGACAAUAAGUUUUUAUUAAAAUGUUAAAUUGCAUUUGAAAAUUAUAUCAUUAAAUUGGAUGGUAAUUUGAUUUUUUGUCAACACCUCCUUAAUUAGAUGACUAACAUUAUCUAUGUGAUGGCGUGUUAAUUAAACAGCACAUUGCUAAUCAAGACAUUGUAUUGUCAAUUUUUGCAUACUGCAUCUGUAAUAUGUGUAGUGUUAAAUUGUAAACAAUAGGCAACAUAUUAUUUGAUUGUCUUGAUCAAUAGGUUAUCAAUAGCUGCAAUGGUGAGAGCAUGAACAGCUAGUGCAUGUGCUUUUUAAAAAAAGAAUUUAAAAAAAAAAACUGCUUCAGUGAAGAAUUUAACAUUUAUACAUUACAUGUAUUUGCAUUUUUAAAAGUAUUAUGAACUAGUAAAAUUUCUAUUUCUUUAUUUCAGAUGUAAAGAUAUGAGCAAUGCGAAGACUGUUUGAAAAGUGUAUGCAUAACUUUUGACUAUAUAGUUAUAUAGAAUUGUACAUAAUCAUACUUGUUACACACAGCAGAUCAAAGUCAGGUUUGUUCUGUACUUUUUCAAUCCUCACCCUUCAUCUAUGAUUGUGCCGUGUAUGUAGCGUUGUGAUGUAACCAGGUCAUUUGUUUGCAAUUCUGCUUAACAAAAAUUUAAGCUUCUUUUUCCCCCCAUUAUAUACAUGUAAAAUAUGACUAAUGCUUUUAUCAUCUGUCAUUAAGUAGACAUUAAUUAUUUUGUGUGUUUAUUUAUAAAAUUCUCAUUGCAAGUUUCAAAAUGCAUGAAGUCUAAGCUGAUUUUUUUCAGACACUGACACAACAUUCUGUGAAGUUCUUGAAGUGUUUUGAUAAAAUACAUGGUAUAUAGCAUAUAUAUCCAUGUUUAUCAUGAUUGAGUUGCACUCAAAUUGUUUUUACACCAUGCAUUUACAUUUUUGUUUAUGGGAAUUGCUUAUUAUGCCAACAGUUUUAAUUUUAUAUACUCAUCAAUGGCAUUUGAUGGUUGAUUUGUUUCCAUUAAAGGUACAUGUAUGUAAAUAUAUGGAAAAGAAGCC